UAAAUCGUCCAGUACGGCUUCGAUCUAUCGAAGGAAAAGGGAACAUUAAAUUGACAAACGACUUCAUUGUUAGGUGAUUACAGGGAGAAAAACAACUUUUAUAUUCGCCGCACUUUGUGUGAUGGAUAACACUGGCCGUAACUGUAAUAGUGGACACUAGAAAGUCUAGUGCUGAGAAAUAUAGCUUUACACCUAAUGUUUCGUCUAAUGCGUUUGCCGGUAAGGCAGUUGAGAUAACUGCUUGGGCGCAUCUCCUUGGGUCGUAUUCAUUUCCAUUUUCACCCUGUGUCGCAACAGACACUAAAUGUGUUGAAUCUAAAAUUUCAAACAAGGAUGUUUUAAAGACUUCGGUUAUUCAAAGUCAUUUUAAUUAUUGGGAUAUAAGAAGAGGAGAAUUUAAGAUUGUGUAAACACAGAGAAGACGCGUAGCAUGCUUUUGAAGAAGAAAAUCACAAGGAUCGUUUUGAAGUAUAACUCGAAGUCUGUGAUUGUGUAUAUGAAUUCCGUGUUUUAAAGUACGCAAAGCUCUUAAAGAGUCAAAGUCUGGGUUUUUUUUCUUCCUAAUUAUUUCUAAUAAUUAACGUUAACAAGGUAAGGGUUUCAAGUUUUUAGCAAAAACUGCGUCAGAUUUACAGUGAUAUCUCAGACCUUGACUGAAAUGAGAAAAGAACUUGUCGAUUUGUGGGAUCUAAAGACUUAGGACUCGUGACUGUUGUUGAAAUAAGUGUUCAUUUUAGUGAGACUUGUUGGAAUAACACAGUGAUGAGAAACCAGUCCAAUCUGGAGUUUUUCCGGGAUGUAGAAUCCUUCUUUGACAGCGCCGACCAGAAGGAGGCGCUAACACGGAAGAAGCUGGAGUGUACGGGACUGAUCGCCGCGGAGAGGAACACCAUGUCACGUGUCAAUGUUUCCGAAUGUUUGAGAGUAUGGGACAACAUCAUGUGCUGGCCCCCCACCCCCGCGGGUCAGCUAGCUGUUCUACCCUGUCCCAGCCACAUCAAGAACAUUGACACCACUACAAACGCCUCCCGACAGUGUAUGGAGGAUGGCACAUGGUUGGUCAAUCCAUUCAACAACCGGACGUGGACCAACUUUACCCAGUGCAUCGGUACAACAACGGGCGAUAACUCCCGCUCGGUCCCUGCGCUUAUUGAGCAAUAUGCAGACUCAGUUCGGUUGAUGUACAACAUUGGGUACGGGUUAUCUCUUGGGUCAUUAGUCAUAGCCGUCAUCAUCAUGGUCUACUUCAAAAAGCUCCACUGCGCGCGCAACUCCAUCCACAUCAACCUGUUUGUGUCGUUCCUCUUGCGAGCCACCAUGUCUUUCAUCAAAGAAAACCUUCUUGUGCAGUACGUGGGUUUCCCCGGUGACGUGUAUUAUGAAAAUGGCGUCAUUAAAUUUAGAGGUGACGUAUCACACUGGGGGUGUCGUCUGUUCUUCACACUGUUUAACUAUAUCGUUGCCGCCAGCUACAUGUGGAUCUUUGUGGAGGCCCUCUAUCUACAGAUACUCAUUUCCGUUUCCGUUUUCAUGGAGAGAAACCGGACCAAGUGGUUCAUGCUUCUGGGAUGGUUAUUCCCACUCAGUUUUAUUCUGCCGUGGGUAUUUGUUCGGAUAUUUGAGUUCAACGAGUUUUGUUGGAAUAUCAGCACAAACAAGCUAACCAUGUUUAUCAUAUAUGGCCCAUUUACAAUCACAGUACUGAUUCAGUUCAUCAUUUUCAUAAACAUCGUUCGAGUCUUAUUCUCUAAACUGCAUGCGUCAGCCGGACACAAAACAAGCAGCUUCCGGUACAGGCGCUUAGCUAAAUCUAUCCUCAUCCUGAUUCCGCUGUUUGGCGUAUAUAACAUCAUCUUCUCUGUGAACUACGUGAUGACAAGCUUCGACUAUAUAGACGAGACCUCCAUGGCUUACUUCAUUCUGUGGUGGUCGGAACUGUUCUUUAACUCGUUUCAGGGCUUUAUUCUUGCCAUGUUGUUUUGUUUCCUUAAUGGCGAGGUCCAGACCGAACUUAAGAAAGUUUGGCAUCGGCGUUCUCAGAACUGGACGGGAAGUUUCAGAACAACACGAACAUUUUUGUCUCCGAAUCGUAAUUCUGUGAAACAUCCGUCUCCAUCCAAUGAAAACACGACACGUCACGGUGACGUCAAACUUAUCACAAAACAGGAAUCCGAUUCAAAGUUAUUAACUUCGGACAAAAAGGAAUCAAAUUGUGAAAGUGAUAAUGAAACGGGAAUGGGUGAUACGGACUGUACGGAGGAACAACACCCUUGUUUAAACAAUAACAAAUACGACCACACAAACAGUGAUGACAUCACGCGCAGGCGUGACGAUAUCAUAUUGUUGACGUAAUCCGACUGUUUGAUUGGAUAAUUGUUAUCUAUGGAAAAUUGGAAGAAAUUCGGGUUUUUUUUUUUCUUUCAGUUGUAACGAGUAUGGAAUUAAACCAAUAAAAAAUCAAUCGUCUAAAAAAAG